CUCCGUUCUCCGGAGUUCUUCCUACGCUCUCUGUGCGUAGGUCAGGGAUGGAGGGCUAGGUGGGCGGUGUCCGCCGGUUGUGACCCUGAAGGCCACUGGAGGCUUCUCAAGCUAAAGCCUCAGAGGCGGGGCGGGGCGGGGCUCCAGAGCCGGAAGACGCUCCCCGAAGUUUAGACCCAAGGUUGGGCUGUGGGAGCCAAUAUCCCUUUUACUGCCCCUGGAGAUCGCAGCUCGGUCCCGGCGGCCGCGCUCUGGGGGCCUCCUCCCGGACCUCACGCCUGAAGAGGACCCGGAGCCGACCCCAACAGGGGGCCUGAAGGCAUGGCCCCAGGAGCCCGGAGACUCCGCCGGCAGGAGUCACUGACGUUCAGGGAUGUGACUGUGGACUUCACCCAGGAGGAAUGGAACCUCUUGGACCGUUCUCAGAAACAGCUCUACAAGAAAGUCAUGCUGGAAAACUCCCAGAACCUGCUGUCUGUGGGAAUUCCAGUUCUCAGAGAAGAUUUGAUCUCCCAUUUUGAAGAAAGGGAAACAUCAUGGAUACUGAGUCAUCUAGGACCAAGGAACUCUUGUCCAGAUGAGACCAAGUUUGAAGUGAAUGAGACUACUGCAAGGCUGAGCAUUUCUGUGAAAGAAUCUCAACCACAAAGAUGCAUGAAUGGUAGUUCCUGUAACUCAGAUACCAAGAUAGAGAAAAAUCAGAAUAAUUGUUGUAAAUUUGGUAAAAAUGGAAAGAAUUUCAGACAUUGUUCAGUACUAAUUCAGUGUAAGAAAAUGGCCUUAGGAAAUGAGUGUUUUCAGUAUACUAAAACUAGGGAAUGUUUUAAAAAAGUUGGGCUUAUUCAAUCUUCUGAGAAACCUCCUGAAAAACAAAUAUUUCAACAGGAAAUGGUAUCUAGCUUGAGUUCAGACCUCAUUAGACAUCAGAAAAGUUACACUGGAGAAAUGGCUUCUAUAGAGAAUAAAGGUAGAAAGGCCUUCAACCAGAACUCAAAGCUCACUGACCAUCAUAAAGUUCACACUGCAGGAAAAUCUUAUGCAUGUAGUCAAUGUGGAAAGACUUUCACAAAUAGCUUCAGUCUUGAUAUACAUCAGAGAAUCCAUACUGGAAAGAAAUCUUACCGAUGUAAUCAUUGUGGAAAGGCUUUCACACAGAAUUCCCGUCUUUUGAAACAUCAGAGAAUUCACAAUGGAGAGAAACCUUAUGAAUGUGAUCAAUGUGGAAAAGCUUUCACACAGAACUACAGUCUUGCUCGACAUCAGAGAAUCCACACUGGAGAGAAACCCUACGAAUGUAAUCAAUGUGGAAAGACUUUCAGAACACGAUCCAGUCUUCAUGUGCAUCAACGAAUUCACACUGGAGAAAAGCCAUAUAAAUGUAAUCAAUGUGGAAAGACUUUCAGAACAAGAUCCAGUCUUCAUGUGCAUCAAAGAAUUCACACUGGAGAAAAACCAUAUGAAUGUAACCAAUGUGGAAAGACUUUCAAAAGAAGAUCCAGUCUUCUUGAACAUCAGAGAAUUCACACUGGAAAGAAACCUUAUAUCUGUAAACAAUGUGGAAACACUUUCCGAACAAAAUCAAUUCUUGUUGAACAUCAGAGAAUUCACACUGGAGAGAAACCUUAUGAAUGUAAACAAUGUCAAAAAGCUUUCAUCUCCAGCUCAUGUCUUGCAAAACAUCAGAAAAUCCAUGCUGCCGAGAAAUCCUGUGAAUAUAAUCAGUGUGAAAAGGCUUUGCGAUGCAAUUUUGAACUUCCUCAAAAUCAGAAAAUCCUCCAUGGAGAGAAACUUUACAAGUAUCAUGAAUGUGGUAAAGUUUUUCGUGAACAUGCUUCUCUUAUUGCUCAUCAGAGAACCCACACUGGUGAAAAGACUUAUAAAUGUAAUCAGUGUGGAAAGACUUUCACACAGACCUCCAAACUAGCUGUCCAUCUGAGAAUCCACACUGGAGAGAAACCUUAUGAAUGUAAGCAAUGUGGAAAGGCUUUCCCAUAUAGGGCCAAUCUUGCUAACCAUCUGAGAAUCCACACUGGAGAGAAGCCUUAUGAAUGUAAUCAGUGUGGAAAGGCUUUCACAGAGAACUCCAAUCUUACUGCACAUCAGAGAAUCCACACUGGAGAGAAGCCUUAUGAAUGUAAGCAAUGUGGAAAGGCUUUCCGAAUAAGAUCCAUUCUUGUUGACCAUCAAAGAAUUCACACUGGAGAAAAACCUUAUGAAUGUAAUCAAUGUGGAAAAGCUUUCAGAUCCAGCUCCUGUCUUGGUAAACAUCAAAAAAUGCAUAGUUGAGAGAAACCUUAUGAAUUUGAUCAGUGUGAUAAAACCUUCAAGUAACAGUCAUUUCUUAUUUCCCGUCAGAGAAUUACUAUUAAAUAUAAAUUCUGUCACUGACAUGAAGAAA